GACCCUGGGUUGUCACCUUUUAUAGCACGGGUCGAGCAGGGGACAGCCAGUGGUCGUUGAAACUGCGAGGGAGCAACAGUCACCAUGUUUGCCGCGAGCCACGUCCUUGUCUCAAUGCUUGCUGCGUCUGUCCAGGUCUGGCGCCUCCUCCCCUUCGCCGGCGCCCUCGUCGUCGCCGCCCCUCACGCCUCGGCUUCUGCGGGCGUGAGCAGCGUCCUCAAAUCGUCCAGUGGUCUCAUGACGUCACACUCGAGUCCUGUGGAGACAUCCCUCGAGGGCGAAUCCUACGGUUCAGUCCUCGGCAGUGGCUUCUUAUCGUCGUCCAAUGCCUUGGAGUCGUCCUCACAGAAGGAUUACCAUCGGUCGUCGUCCAAUGCCUUGGAGUCGUCCUCACAGAUGGAUUACCAUCGGUCGUCCUCCAAUGCCUUGGAGUCGUCCUCACAGAAGGAUUACCUUCUGUCGUCCUCCAGUGCCUUGGAGUCGUCCUCUGGAAGUAACCAGCAAGCUUCGAGCGUCGCUGCUAACUCUCCGUCGCUAUCCUACGAGGACGAAACCCUCUCCUCGGGAUCGACGUCCGGCAGCGCCUUCUACAGCUCGUCUCUCAGGAGCGGAAAGACGCCCUCCUCGUUCUCCAGCCUUCAUGUGGCAUCCUCCUUCAGCAGCGACAACCUAGACUCCUCCGGGAGCGCCCCCGCCGGCUCGUCCUUCGUCGGCGCAUCCCUGACCCCCAGCAGCGCCACCGCCGGCUCGUCCUUCGUCGGCGCAUCCCUGACCCCCAGCAGCGCCCCCGCCGGCUCGUCGCUCGACAGCGCUCUCGUCGGGCCCUCCGCGUCUGCCUCCCGCCCGGCGUCCAGGUGAGCGGAAGGCGCUGUCUUCGCUACAUUUCGCCGAAUUACAGGAUUUUGUGGAAGUCUGUAGCAGUUUUUUGCUUUUCUUUUUCUACAAGGAUAUUCCGACUAUUUGCAGUAUCUUAUCUUUAUGUAGCAGUUUUCUUCCAAUAUACAAGGAUAUGCGCGCCAUUUGUUGCAUAUAUUGUAGGAUCUUGUGACAUUCUUCUGUAGCCUUUUCUGUUUUCUUCUUGCUAAUAUUCAAAGAUAUUUCUGCUCUUUGUAGCAGAAACCGUAAGACCUUGUGGUAUAUUCUUUUUCUCUCUCUCUCCCUUUCUGCAAAUAUACAAGAUUAUAUCUGCUACUUGUGACAUAUCCACCAGUAUUAUCUUAAACAUGUAUUUACUUUCGACUGUUAAUCCCCGACGAAAAUGCUGUUGCUGCUGCUUAAUAAAUCAGCUGAUUGC